AAAAAGAAAAAAAACGAAAACGCGAUCCUGGUGGAGUGUGAAAAAUCGGCGAUGCACCAAAACAGAAUCUUCGCAUUUCAAUCCAACUUUCCAGCUUUCAUCCCCAAACCACUCCCUUCUUCUGCCCCUUUUUCCAUUUCCAUCUUCUCUCUCUCUUUCUCUCUCUUCCCUUUGAUUCCUUCCCUCUCCUCUUUGUCUCUCUCUCUCUCUCUCUCUCUCUCUCUCUCUCUAUCUCUGCUAUUUAUCACCGUCACUAUCCCCCCUUUCCUCCAUUUCUGUACUUUUCUCUUUUUCAUUCACUCAUAUCCUCUUUUGUAUUAUUAAAAAAAAAUUAAGAAAUCGAAGGAAGUUGUGAGGAAAAAUGGGUCUGGUAUGUCCUGAACUGAGUUUAGAUUUGAAACCCAGUUACGUUUCUGAAACGAUUAAUGGGUUUCUCGGUGAAGUCUCGAUGAUCGGCGAUUCGUCUGAGAGAUUAGAUAAAGUGGAUGAUUUUGUUAGGAAGUUAGAAGCUGAAUUGAAUAAGAUUGAAGUUUUUAAACGAGAACUCCCUCUUUGCAUGCUUCUCCUUAAAGAUGCAAUUUCAUAUUUAAAACAAGAAUCAUCCCAGUACAAGACUAAAAAUGCUCAUCAACCUGUGUUGGAAGAGUUUAUCCCAAUGAAGAAAGAUUCAAUUCGUGAUGAAAACACUCAAUUGAGCAAAACUGGUGAAGAAGCAUCUAGGAAAGACAAGACGAAUUGGAUGAGCUCGGUUCAGCUAUGGAACACAGAUGGUUUAACUACUAAUACUAUUGCACCUCACUUGAUUCGCAAUUCAAACCAAAAUCAAAGACAAAACUAUGUUUCAGAAUCUCCCAAGGAAGAUGAGAAAAGAAAUCAAAUUGUGGGGGGUAAUUUGUAUGAUCCUUGUAAAAUUAGGACAGAAUCAAAAGGGUUUGCACCUUUGGUUCAUAAUUAUCCUACAACUACUACUACUUUCCCUGAGUUGAGGAGGAAAGUUGACAAGGAUGAUGUAAAAGUUUCAGGACUUACUUUGGUUGUGCCUGGAAUGAACAAUAAUAACCCAGAAGAGGAUUCAGUUACCAGGGUGUUUAAUCCUACACUAGGGGGAAACAGAGCUUUGAAUUCUUCGUCUCCUGCAUCCAGUGGACGACUCUCUCAUCAGCAGUCGUCUGCUCGGAAACAGAGAAGAUGUUGGUCACCGGAAUUACACCGGAGAUUUGUUGAUGCUUUGACUCAGCUUGGCGGUCCACAAGUGGCAACUCCGAAACAAAUCAGGGAGCUGAUGAGGGUGGAUGGUCUCACAAAUGAUGAAGUAAAGAGCCAUUUGCAAAAAUACAGGCUUCAUACAAGACGAGUCCCGAAUGAUUCAGGAACCCCAGGAAACAAAUCCGGGCAGGAUUUGAGUGGUUCAUGGACAGCUCAGGAUCAAUACAGUGAAUCCUCAAAACCAAGUAGCUCACAAUCUGCUUCACCUGAAGGUCCUCUACAGUUUCCUGGGCUUACAGGGGAGACCUCAACUACUGGAGGUGAUAGCAUGGAUGAUGAUGAUGAUGAGAAAUCCGAAAGCCAUAUCUGGAAAGGAUGAUGAUGUAUAGGCAAAUGUAUAACUAGAUCAAGUUUUGGCAGAUAAAAAAUUAUACAACCAAUAAACCCGGACUCAGGUUGAAGCUUGAAAGAGGGCGAUUCUGAGAUGGAACUGAAUUUUUGCAGGAUUAGGAGUGUAGUUUCCCCUGGAUCUUUGUCAUUGUAUCUCUUGAGUAAUAUUGUUUUCGGAUUUGUAACUGUAACGGCAUAAUUAUCAAGAUCCAGGUGAGAACUAGAGAGAGAAAUAGUGUGAAAACAGAGCAUUUUGGUGGGGGAUAGAGGGGGGGUUGAAGAUCAUGUGUUGUUGAAGUGUUUUACAAGUAUAGAUUAAUCAUAUUGCUCAGCCAUUAUGAUGCUUCUUUAUUCUGUUUCCACUUCUUGAAGGAUAUGAUUAGAAUACAAACUAUACGCUACUUCAUCUGUUCUGGAUUAGUUUUGCAUCGACAGUGUAAUGAUAUUAAAUGAUAAUGUGACAAUUAGACGUUGUUCUCUUCACAA